UGUUCAACUGAUUCAAUAAAAGAUCCGACUCAUAAGAACAAUAUGUUCACAAUUCUCUGACUGAACAGUACACUGUGUUGAAAACAUGGCCGAGGAGACAGUGUUAGCGGGCACGGGACUGGCACAGCGUGUACUGGUGUUACUUGGUAUUCGUAGUCUCUUCUACAGUGUUUUCUGUUUCUUGGACAAGACACUGAGGUCAUGGCGGAUUACCGACUGGCUGCCCUCCUGGUGCCCGACAUCUCAGAGCCAACUGAAGGAGGCAGAAGAGAGGAUGCUGCAGUACAUCACAAGCAAGUUCUACAGGCAGUUUGUCCACAUAUCUGACAAGAAUACACUGUCGACGUUGGUAUUUAAGGGACCAGUGGAAAAUAAAACCCCUCUGGUGCUGCUGCAUGGAUUUGGGAGUGGUGUUGGACUCUGGGCCUUGAACGUGGACUCUCUCUCUCAGCAGAGGCCCAUUUACGCCUUCGACCUGCUGGGUUUUGGCCAGAGCAGCAGACCUCACUUCAGCACUGAUGCCCAGGAGGCUGAGCUCCAGUUUGUGGAGUCCAUCGAACAGUGGAGGGAGAAACUGGGCCUGGAAAGUAUGAUUAUGUUGGGCCAUAACCUUGGAGGAUAUCUGGCUGCCUCCUACGCUAUCACAUACCCUACCAGAGUAAAGCACCUGAUUCUGGUAGAACCGUGGGGUUUUCCAGAGCGCCCUAACACAGGAGACCAGGAUAGGCCUAUUCCUGUGUGGAUCAAAGCUAUAGGGGCAAUGCUGAGCCCAUUCAACCCCCUCGCUGGUCUCAGGUUGGCUGGACCGUUAGGUCCCACUCUUGUGCAGACUCUGAGACCAGACUUCAAAAAGAAAUUUGCAGUUAUGUUUAAUGACAAUAGAGUCACAGAAUAUAUCUACCAUCUUAAUGUCCAGAGUCCAAGCGGUGAAACAGCCUUUAAAAACAUGACCAUUCCGUAUGGCUGGGCAAAGAGGCCUAUGCUGCAGAGAAUUGGCCUGAUUCACAGCGACAUCCCCAUUACGGUGAUCUAUGGCUCACGCUCCAGCAUAGAUGGCCACUCCGGCAAUUCAAUCAAAGAAAUGAGGCCAAACUCCCAUGUAGAGAUCAUUGCUAUAAGAGGUGCAGGACACUAUGUGUAUGCUGACCAGCCAGAGGAUUUCAACCAGAAGAUACUUCAUGUCUGUGAAACAAUAAACUGAAGAGUGAUGAUGAAGCAGGUGGAAAACACUCUCCUGAUUUGAAGAAAUUUUUAGACUGUCACCAGAAACUACUGAUUCUUAAUGAGACGAAACAUGGUCGCAAUUCUGAAGGUCUGCACAUAAUGUCUGUUCAUAUCCACAAGAGGGCACAAUGUAACACUGCAGGGAUGUUACCGCCCUGCACCACCCCCACCAACACACACACACACACACACACACACACACUCAGUAUUAUAGUCCAUGCAGAUAAAACACACACACACUUAUUGACACUGACUAUAGAGUCAAUGCAGUUAAGCAUCAAGGGCAUGUUAAGCCAUCAUAACAUCCGCUACAUCAAUAAUAUGACCCUCCAGCUCAACCCACAGGAAGCACUUUACAACUCCACUUCCUGUGCAUGUGGUAAUGCGGAAUGAGCAAGAGUGCUUUACUGAAUUAAAGUAAAAAGCACAUUUGAGUUCUGUACGUGCUUUAUAGUUUUAUAGAGCAUGGAGUGUUAGGUGUCAUAUUCUCGAAUUGUGCAUCACAAAUCACAAAUAUUUGCUGAUAAUGGAUGUUUGGGAAACCUGCGUUCCUAAUAUAAUGGAACAGACCGUGUGUGUUAGUUUGGUCGAUGACAAAAAUGCAUAGACAAGUGCAUGCAAUAUUACAUAUUGUGUAAUAUCAUUACAAAUUUACAGUAGAACUGUUCUAUUUUAAUGUAUUUUAAAAUGGUAAUUUAUUUCUAUAAUGGCAAAGCUGAAUUUUCAGCAUCAUUACUCCAGUAUUCAGUGUCACAUGAUCUUUCAGAAAUCUUUCUAAUAUUCGAUUUGAUGCUCUUCUUAUAAUCAUCAAUGUUUUGCUUCUUAAUAUUUUUGUGGGAACCAUUAUACUUUUUUUUUUUUUUCAGGAUUCAUUGUUGACUAGAAAAAGAAAAAUGUAUUUGAAAUAAAAACCUUUUCAACAUGAUACAUCUUUACUGUCACU